CGACUAGCGCUAUAGGCUGUAGCCACUAGGCACUAGCCAUAUACCGCGUCUUUGUUGAAGAAUGAUCCAUCAUAAUUUCUGCUGCGUAGCAGACGAAAUUCAGUAAAAAAUAUAACCUUUCAAUUGUGACACAAGUAAUCAAGUGGCCAAUGUCAAUUUAGUACGAAAACAAAGAUUAAAAAUCACGAUAAUUAAGUUUAUCUUCAAGUUUCAAAGGACUAUCACAUGUGAUGAAAGAAAAUAAAAUUUCAUGCUUCUAGAUUUAAAAUGAGUAAGAAACCAGAAGAAAAAUAUACACCUGGCGAUGGAAUACGAUCUUUAAGAAGUUCCCCGAUGUUUAGAGCAAUUAAUUAUGAACUUUAUGUAAAACCUAACAAUGUUGUGAUGGCUAUAGGACUAAUUGGAAUGGCUGGAUGCGUUGGAUAUAUUGCAUAUAUGAGAUCAAAAUAUAAAGACAUGGGCUAUUAUACAGCAGUAGGACCAGAUGGUACUGAAACUUUCCAAAAGAAAGUUUCUAAAUGGGAAAUGUAAUGCUUGUAAAUAUAUAUUUUAUUGUUCAGUUUUAACUGAAGUGAUGUACAAAAAUUGUUAAUCUAAGUAUAGUUGAUGUCUAAAUGUACAGUUAAUAUUAAAUGAUUAAACUCAUCAAAAAAUUUUUUAUUUAUAA